GGGAAAUCGAGGUUAUAUAUCCCAUCUCUGCUAUAGUGCAAUACUGUACAUCUGACGCUGUCCCUUGGAAUCAGUGUGGUUUUUCCCUGUAACGGUGUGCAAUAGCAAACAUCUUGAGCCUCCAACUACAUCUGCUGUCUGUCAGCUAUAACCUAAUCGAGUAACUAUGGGUGAUGCUGAGAUGGCAGUGUUUGGGGCCGCAGCCUCUUACCUGAGGAAGUCUGGAAAAGAGCGUCUUGAGGCACAAACUAAAAUUUUCGACUUAAAGAAAGAAUGUUUUGUGCCAGAUCCCUUGGAGGAGUUUGUUAAGGCCACCAUCACAAGUCGAGAGGGUGACAAAGUCACCGUAGAGACACAGGGAGGAAAGACCGUCAUUGUCAAAGAUAGUGAUAUUAUGCAACAGAAUCCCCCCAAAUUUGACAAAAUUGAAGAUAUGGCAAUGCUGACAUUUCUUCACGAGCCUGCUGUGCUGUUUAACCUCAAAGAGCGUUAUGCAGCAUGGAUGAUUUAUACCUACUCAGGGCUGUUCUGUGUCACUGUCAACCCCUACAAGGGUCUGCCUGUGUACAAUCAGGAGGUAGUUACAGCCUACAGAGGCAAGAAGAGGAGUGAAGCUCCUCCACACAUCUAUUCCAUCUCUGAUAAUGCUUACCAGUACUUGUUGUCAGACCGAGAAAACCAGUCUAUUCUUAUUACUGGAGAGUCUGGUGCUGGGAAGACUGUAAACACUAAAAGAGUCAUUCAGUACUUUGCCAGCAUUGCAGCAAGUGGAGGGAAGAAGGACACAACCUCUCAGAACAAGGGAACCCUGGAGGAUCAAAUUAUCCAGGCUAACCCUGCCUUGGAGGCUUUUGGCAAUGCAAAGACCAUCAGAAAUGACAACUCCUCAAGAUUUGGAAAAUUUAUUCGAAUUCACUUUGAUACAAGGGGGAAACUGGCGUCUGCUGACAUUGAAACAUAUCUCUUGGAGAAGUCUCGUGUGACCUUUCAGUUAAAGGCUGAGAGAGACUAUCACAUCUUCUAUCAAAUCUUAUCCAACAAAAGACCUGAGAUCCUUGAGAUGAUGCUAGUGACAGCAAACCCCUAUGACUACGCAUUCAUCUCUCAGGGAGAGACCACAGUUGCUUCCAUUGAUGAUGCUGAAGAGUUAAUGGCAACUGAUAGUGCCUUUGAUAUAUUGGGGUUCACACAAGAUGAAAAGAACUCUGUGUACAAGUUGACUGGAGCCAUUAUGCAUUUUGGCAACAUGAAGUUCAAGCAGAAGCAGCGUGAGGAACAAGCAGAAGCUGACGGAACUGAAGAUGCAGACAAAGCAGCAUAUCUCAUGGGUCUGAACUCUGCUGACCUCAUUAAAGGUCUGUGCCAUCCAAGGGUCAAAGUAGGAAAUGAGUGGGUGACCAAAGGACAGAGUGUUCAGCAGGUCAACUACUCUAUUGGUGCCUUAUCGAAAUCAGUGUAUGAGAAAAUGUUCCUCUGGAUGGUGGUGAGAAUCAACCAGUCUCUGGAGACAAAGCAGCCCCGUCAAUACUUCAUUGGAGUAUUGGAUAUUGCCGGCUUUGAGAUCUUUGAUUUCAACACCUUUGAGCAACUCUGCAUCAACUUCACCAAUGAGAAACUGCAACAGUUUUUCAACCACCACAUGUUUGUGCUUGAACAAGAGGAGUAUAAGAAAGAAGGAAUUGAAUGGGUGUUCAUUGACUUUGGCAUGGACUUGCAGGCCUGCAUUGAUCUCAUUGAGAAACCCAUGGGUAUCAUGUCCAUCCUUGAAGAGGAGUGCAUGUUUCCCAAAGCCAGUGAUACAACCUUUAAAGCAAAGCUUUAUGACAACCACCUUGGGAAGUCAAACAAUUUUCAGAAACCCAGGAUUGUGAAGGGCAAGCCAGAGGCUCACUUUGCCCUGGUUCACUAUGCUGGUACAGUUGACUACAAUAUUAACAACUGGCUAGUAAAGAAUAAAGACCCUCUGAAUGAAACCGUGGUUGGAUUGUACCAGAAGUCCUCGCUGAAGUUGAUGGCUCAUCUGUUUGCCAGCUAUGCAAAUACAGAGUCAGCCAUGUCUGACAGUUCCAGUGGGAAAAAAGAAAAGAAGAAGAAAGGAUCAUCGUUCCAGACAGUGUCUGCACUUCACAGGGAGAAUCUCAAUAAACUUAUGACAAACCUGAGAUCAACACAUCCACACUUUGUACGGUGCAUCAUUCCUAACGAGACAAAGACUCCUGGGGCGAUGGAGAACCCUCUAGUCAUGCACCAGCUACGCUGUAACGGUGUACUGGAAGGUAUCAGGAUUUGCAGAAAGGGAUUCCCCAAUAGAAUCCUGUAUGGCGAUUUCAAACAGAGAUAUCGCAUCUUAAACCCUGUAGCUAUCCCAGAUGGACAGUUCAUAGACAGCAAGAAAGGAGCAGAGAAACUGCUGAGUUCUCUUGACAUAGAUCACCAGCAGUAUAGGUUUGGGCAUACCAAAGUAUUUUUUAAGGCUGGUCUUCUAGGUCAGCUGGAAGAGAUGAGAGAUGAGCGUCUAUCAAAAAUAAUCACUGGAAUUCAAGCUAGAUCUCGUGGUCUUCUUGCAAGAAUUGAGUACCAGAAGAUGGUAGAACGCAGGGAUGCCUUGCUUGUGAUUCAGUGGAAUGUGCGUGCAUUCAUGGGUGUCAAGAAUUGGCCCUGGAUGAAACUCUUCUUUAAAAUCAAACCAUUACUGAGAUCUGCUGAAUCAGAGAAGGAAAUGGCCAAUAUGAAAGAUGAGUUCUUAAAACUCAAGGAAGCUUUUGCUAAGUCCGAGGCUCGUAAAAAAGAACUUGAGGAGAAAAUGGUGACUCUUCUUCAAGAAAAGAAUGACCUCCAACUUCAAGUGCAAUCGGAACAAGAUAAUCUGUGUGAUGCUGAAGAGAGGUGUGAAGGUCUGAUUAAAAAUAAGAUUCACAUGGAGGCUAAAAUCAAAGAGUUCACUGAGCGACUUGAUGAUGAGGAGGAGAUGAAUGCAGAACUGACAGCUAAGAAGAGAAAGCUGGAGGAUGAGUGUUCUGAGCUGAAGAAGGAUAUUGAUGAUCUGGAGCUGACUCUGGCUAAAGUGGAGAAAGAGAAGCAUGCUACUGAGAACAAGGUGAAGAACCUGACAGAGGAAAUGGCAGCCUUGGAUGAUAUCAUUGCCAAGCUGACAAAAGAGAAAAAGGCCCUGCAAGAAGCUCAUCAGCAGACACUGGACGACCUGCAGAGUGAGGAGGACAAAGUCAACACCCUCACCAAGGCGAAAGCAAAGCUAGAACAGCAAGUGGAUGAUCUGGAGGGAUCUCUAGAGCAAGAAAAGAAGAUCCGUAUGGACCUAGAAAGAGCUAAGAGAAAACUUGAGGGAGAUUUAAAGUUAACCCAAGAGAGCGUAAUGGACUUAGAGAAUGACAAGCAACAACUGGAGGAACGACUUAAGAAAAAAGACUUUGAAAUCACUCAGCUCAACAGUAAAAUUGAAGAUGAACAGAACAUAAUUAUACAACUGCAAAAGAAACUAAAGGAGCUACAGGCUCGUGUUGAAGAGCUGGUGGAAGAGCUUGAGGCAGAAAGAGCUGCCAGAGCAAAGGUGGAGAAACAAAGAGCAGAUUUAGCUAGAGAGCUGGAGGAGAUCAGUGAGAGACUGGAGGAGGCUGGAGGAGCUACAGCUGUUCAAAUUGAGAUGAACAAGAAACGGGAGGCUGAGUUUCAGAAACUUCGCAGAGACCUUGAAGAGGCCACUCUGCAGCAUGAAGCCACUGCUGCCACACUAAGGAAGAAACAGGCAGACAGUGUGGCUGAACUGGGAGAGCAAAUAGACAAUCUGCAGAGAGUCAAGCAAAAACUGGAAAAAGAGAAGAGUGAAUAUAGGCUGGAGCUGGAUGAUGUGGUCUCCAGCAUGGAACAUAUUGUCAAGUCCAAGACUAAUAUAGAGAAAGUUAACAGGACUCUUGAAGAUCAAAUGAAUGAAUACCGCAACAAGUAUGAGGAAAACCAAAGGGCCCUCAAUGACUUUACAACCCAGAAAGCAAAGCUUCAGGCAGAUAAUGAUGACUUUGCAAGACAAUUAGAAGAAAAGGAAUCAUUAAUCUCUCAGCUGUCAAGGGGUAAGAGCUUCUUCAGUCAACAACUCGAGGACCUGAAAAGGCAGCUAGAUGAGGAAAUGAAGGCAAAGAAUGCCCUUGCCCAUGCACUGCAGUCUGCCCGUCAUGACACCGAUCUGCUCCGAGAGCAGUAUGAGGAGGAGCAGGAAGCCAAAGCAGAGCUCCAGCGUAGCAUGUCCAAAGCCAAUUCUGAGGUGGCUCAGUGGAGAACCAAGUAUGAAACUGAUGCCAUCCAGAGAACUGAAGAACUGGAGGAAGCCAAAAAGAAACUGACUCAACGUUUGCAGGAGGCUGAAGAGGCCGUUGAAGCAGUAAAUGCUAAAUGUUCUUCUCUUGAAAAGACUAAACACAGACUUCAGAAUGAAAUUGAAGAUUUGAUGGUGGAUGUGGAGAGAUCCAACACAGCUGCUGCAGCUUUAGACAAGAAGCAAAGAAACUUUGAUAAGGUUUUGUCUGAGUGGAAGCAAAAGUAUGAGGAGUCUCAGUGUGAACUGGAGAGCUCUCAGAAGGAGGCCAGAUCUCUUGGCACAGAACUUUUCAAGCUCAAGAACUCUUAUGAGGAAUCAUUGGAUCAUCUUGAGACCCUCAGUAGAGAGAACAAGAUUCUGCAAGAGGAGAUCUCUGAUCUGACUGAACAGCUUGGAGAGGGUGGAAAGACAAUCCAUGAGUUGGAGAAGGUCCGUAAGCAGCUGGAACAAGGAAAGGCUGAGAUACAAGCUGCAUUGGAGGAAGCAGAGGGUUCUUUGGAGCAUGAGGAGGGUAAAAUACUGAGGGCCCAGCUAGAAUUUAACCAAAUAAAGGCUGACAUUGAGCGCAAGCUGACUGAGAAAGAUGAGGAAAUGGAGCAGUCAAAGAGGAACAUGCAAAGGAACAUAGAUACCUUGCAUAGUGCUUUGGAGUCUGAAACUCGAAGCAGGAAUGAGGCUUUCAGGAUAAAGAAGAAAAUGGAAGGAGAUCUGAAUGAAAUGGAGAUCCAGCUGAGCCAGGCUAACAGACAGGCAGCCGAAGCUCAGAAACAACUUAAGUCUGUCCAGGCCCAUCUGAAAGACUCCCAACUUCAGCUGGACGACUCCCUUCGAAGCAAUGAUGAUCUAAAAGAGAACAUUGCCAUUGUAGAGAGACGUAAUGCCUUGCUUCAGGCAGAACUGGAGGAGAUUAGAGCUGUUCUGGAACAAACAGAGCGAGGCCGCAAACUUGCUGAACAAGAGCUGUUGGAUGUAACAGAAAGAGUACAGCUUCUGCAUUCUCAGAACACUAGCCUCCUGAACCAGAAGAAGAAGCUGGAGGCUGAUGCAUCCCAGCUUCAGAGUGAAGUGGAAGAGGCAGUGCAAGAAUGCAGGAAUGCAGAGGAAAAGGCCAAAAAGGCCAUCACUGAUGCUGCCAUGAUGGCAGAGGAGUUGAAGAAGGAGCAGGAUACCAGUGCUCACCUGGAGCGUAUGAAGAAGAACAUGGAGCAGACCAUUAAGGACCUGCAACACCGCCUGGAUGAAGCAGAACAAAUUGCAAUGAAGGGAGGGAAAAAACAAGUUCAAAAGCUUGAGACUAGGGUAAGAGAGCUGGAAUGUGAAGUUGAGGUUGAACAGAAGAGAAGCAGUGAAUCUGUGAAAGGAAUCCUCAAAUAUGAACGACGCAUCAAGGAACUUACAUAUCAGACUGAAGAGGACCGUAAAAACAUUGCCCGUCUUCAGGAUUUGGUCGACAAGCUGCAAUUAAAAGUCAAAGCUUACAAAAGAGCUGCAGAUGAGGCUGAAGAACAGGCAAACACUCAUCUUAGCAAAUUCCGCAAACUGCAACAUGAACUAGAUGAGGCAGAGGAAAGGGCUGAUAUUGCAGAAACUCAAGUGAACAAACUACGUUCCAAAAGUCGUGAUAUGGGGCCAAAGAAAGGGUUUGACGAAGAGUGAAGUUGACAUCCCUUGUUCUUGCUUUACAGCAUUGCAUAUUCUCUUUACACUUUUGGGUUCCCUCACCAACAUGAAAUAAAAUCACUUUGCAUCUAGUCUACUGUCUUGUGAGUUUCAUAGCGACUGCUGUUAAUUUUACUUGGUCCAAUCUAUGUAAUGUCAUAUAGGCUACUGGUAGUAGGCAGUGCUAUUAGGUAUACCUAACUAAAUGCUCUCCUGAGAAUUAAAGUUCACUAAAAAAUG